AUGUAUACGACACCAACACGGCCAUACGAAGUCUACUUUGAGCUGCAGCCCGAAACAAGAAUUAAUGAAGUAUACGAAAACGUCGUUGAGGACGAGUCUGCGACUGAUGUAGGAGUACAAAGAGGUAAUGUGGGAAAUACCAAUCAAGAUAGCCGCAACAGAAGACAAGCGCCGCCAAAGACGUUGAAUGCUUCGAGAAAAGAUGUCCGGAAAAUCCAACGAAUGCAGCUCUUGAUGGUUGUCGCUGUGGUCAUAACUUUCCUGACGGCAGUAGUCACUUUGGUUUUCGUAAUCACGAUGAAGUGGCCUCGAAACACUCCAGCUGCUUCGAAACAAGGAGCAGAAGAAGGAACUAUACAAGGUAGGAUGGCAAGCGAGUCUUAUACCUAAAUAUAUGACCAGAGGAUACGUGAGAUAUAGUUCGCGGUGAUUUGCAAGAUAGUAAAAUGGUUAGUGGCAUGAAAGUGCGAGACUUUUGAGGGAGAAAUUAAAGUUAACCGUGAGACAGACCGGAUAAAAAUUUUCAGAGACUGGCGUUUUUGUAGGUACAAUUCGUCGCCACUAGCUGGUGACCAUGCAACCUAACCCCUCUUCAAAUCUAGAAUAUGCAGUAACUACCUGCAAAUAUGAUUGCCUUUGUCUCCAUUAACGUUUGGAACAUUUCUUGAAAUAAUAACGUAAAACUAUGCGGAAAUGAAUUCAGUAUAAUUAAUGUAAUUUUCUUAUUAACACCUAGAAAGAAUGCACGUUUAGUAUUUAUUUCUUGGCACUGUCAUUAAAUCUUUCCUCUAGAACCCGACUAUCCCUAGGAUCAUAUAUCACGUGAGACUUUUUGCAGGGUAUUUGUAUAUUGUAUUUUAUUUUUACUCCAUCCUAUAAUACAUUAGUUGUACAAUAAUACAAUAGUUGUACAAUAUCAAUAAUACAUUGGUUGUACAAUAUCAAUCGGUACAAAGUUGCUUAAACUACGUGUACAUAAUAAAAAUAAUAAAAGAAGAAAACUAGAAUGGAGAAGGGCACCAUAAUAGUAAAACUAAUCAUGGCCCUUUAACAAGAUUGACUUUAUUCUUUUGUAGUUUUGUUAUUCAUUGAAACACAAACACGCACGCACGCACACACACAGCUUCAAAAAACGCGGCCAUCAUCAUCGCUGACCGCUGACCGCAGGGGUAUAAUAGAGAGGUGUUUGUCUUGAUAAAUUAUUAUUGUUUUUUAUUUUUAUUUUGCAAGUCUAAUUUUUGUCAAGCUAUAUUGUUCAACAAUGUUACAGUUAUGAUUCAAAACUCUUUGGAUGAUACUAUUCGUAGUAUAGGUUAUGUUGUCAAAUUCUUGGGCAUGUAAGAAUAGUAUGGACAGCAAGCUACGUGAUAAUUAUUUUGUCUUUUGUUAAUUUUUACAGGCCUUAAAAUUGCAACAGUUUGGUUUUGA